AUGACACCGAGCGAAAGACUUCUGGAGAAACUCGCUGAGGGCAUCCAACAGCUGCAAAGGGUUCAGAUUGACCACCUCGAGAAGGCGGAGCGGAAGAAGGAUGAUGAGACUCCUGAGCAGUGUAAGCCUGGAACAGCGAGCUUGCCAAUGUUGCCAAUGCCGAAUGGUAACGAGAGUGCGGUGGCUUUGCAGGACUGGAUUGAGGUCAUCGAUGGUCCUCUUCGUGAUGUUUCUGAUAGCAGCUCGUGGUGGUGGGACGCUGUCAAGAAAAGGGCUCAAGAGAGCUACCAGAGAUGGGUGGCUUCGGGGCCCUACGAGCGCUUGGCAUUGAAGCCACCUACGGCGGAAGAUCUGGAGAAGGGCCGCUACUCGAGGCUGAGUGCACGGACGGCAGGUAUGAUGCUUCAGGCCAUGGCAGAAUCAGUUCGCGCUGAGAUGGUGGCACGGGCAAUCACAAGAUCUCCUGUGGCCCUGUUGUUCAGACUAUACACGAUGUAUCAGCCGGGGGGCGAAAGCGAAAAGGCCUACAUCCUCCAGUAUCUGGUGACGCCGCCCAAAGCCCAGACCGCAGCUGAAAUGGUUUCUGUUCUCCGACAGUGGGAAAGGAUGCUUCUGCGGGCAGAUAACCUGAACAUCGCCAAGCCCGAUCCUUCGCUGUUAGUUCGAGGACUGAACUUGUUGGUGGCAGAGCUGUGGGCCAAGGACCGGGAUGUCACAUUUCGAACUCAGCUGGUGAAGAGCAGACUGGGUAUCUCCAAGAAGAACCGCUGUUAUACCUGCGGCGCUGAAGGCCAUGUGUCGAAUGCCUGUCCAACGAAGGCGGACACUGGGGACAUGAGACCAGAUGGUCUGAAGCCGCGGCCCAAGCCAAAGCCGAAGAGCGCACCAACGACCCCUACGGCAAGGGAUGAUGCUGCUAAGGCUGGAACGGCAGCGGCGAGAUCUAUGACUGCAGAGCCAGAACCUCAGCCGUCGCCUCCGACGUCACCUACCACAACCACUGAGACCCAGUCCGCAGCGGCUACCGGUGAAGUGAAAGAGGCCUUGCGGGAUGCUGCCCGAGCCUUGAGGCUCAAGGCAAUCAGGGUGGAUGAGGAGGUUGCGGUCAUGAAGAAGACUGAGCGGACUCCACUUGACGAGCGCGUGAACGACGACGCAAUUCCAACCUUGAUUGAUUCCGGUGCCACCCACAUCCUGAGACAACCUCGUGAUGGUCAGGAGCUUGCAGCAGCCACUAAGGUGUCUGUCACCUUGGCCAAUGAUGAGCGACGUGAUCUACUUCAAGCUGAGUCCGGAGCUAUCUUGACAACUUCGCCGGGUACACAACCGAUAUUGCCAAUGGCCGAACUGGUGAGUGCAGGUUGCGAGAUCAGUUGGAAGCGUGGUGUCUUCAAGGUGAUUCAUCCAGUUUGGGGUGAACUGAGGACUUCGUUGCGCGGCGGGUGUUCGGAGCUGGCGCAGGAGCAGGCAGCGAAGCUGGUGAAUGACAUUGAGACGAAGAAGCUCAAUGAGUUCAAGGAGGGUGUUUCAAUGCUGAAGUCGAAGCUGGAACACUUGGCCCAUGAGGAGAAGUUGCCAUGGACGGGGUACGUGAUGAGGAGGAUGCGAAAGCGGAUGCUGGAGUCCAGAAAGUGGAUAGUACAUGUUCCGGGUCACCGAGACGACGUGCCUCUUAAGCCAGAGGCAUAUGGAGAGGAUGCGGUGCUGGUGACGAUCUCUGGAGAGCUUCCUCUUCCAGUCUAUGAGGCUCUCUUAUGGGGAGCGGCUACAGGGAGGAUUGCUGCGGUUGUGGGAUCUACUCCGGGAACAUCUAUGUGCAAGGAGGAGCAGUCGCUUCGUACAGCCAAGGUGUUGGGUUUGUAUGUUGUGGGAAGACUGGCAAGAUCCACCUCGAGAACAGGCUUCUUCUGGUCAGUUCCGAAAUCGGGUGGUGAGGACUACGUGAGCAGGUUGCUAAAGGAGUUCUCUGAGGCCGCGUCGAUGAACCAGCUUGACGUGAGCCGAAGUCCCUCAGAGGGACAGCCGAAGUUCACUAUGAUGGCCGUGACAAACUACCGUGUGAGGAGCCCUGAUGUUCCAAGUCAGUCUGAGGAGGGGGCUGAGAAGGUCGUCCUUCCUGGGUGGUCUACAGCUUGGAGGCUCGAAAUAGCAAGGGCUGUUCGGGAGGAGGAAACCAAGGACAAGUCGGUUCCAGGCUCGGGAUCUCUGAAGGCUAUGUCUCCGGAGCAGUGGAAGGAGCACGUUCGAGCUGGACAUUAUCCGGCCCGACGAGAUUGCCUACAGUGCGUGACUCAUGGUGCCACAGGACAUCGGCAUGCUCGCGUGGAACAUCCUUCAUUGUUCUGCUUGAAUGUCGACAUCACGGGGCCUUUCAGGACAACAGGAGAAGAUCCAAGUGCUCGUGGUGAUCGGAAAAAGGCUGCGAAGAUGAAGUACUUGUUGGUCGCGAAGUUUACCCUGCCGAAGUCCUAUGUUACGGGUGAGUUUGAGCCAACAGGAACGGAUCCACCAGAUGAGGAAUUGGGCCACAAGGAUCUGUUUGAUGAAGAAGAUCGAGGCGAUGGUCAUGAUGUACCUACUGAUGAUCUGGUGGGUGACUUUCGAGAUGAAGAGUUUGAGGCCGAUCCCUGUGAUGAUGGGGGUGGUGUUGGCGAUAUUCCUUUGGAUGUGAAGCCUCCAGAGAACGCAGUUCCAAUGGACAUCGAAGCACCGGAGGCCACCUAUCUGUUGUUUGCGGAGCCGCUCCUCAAUGACAAGGGAACAUCUAUAGCGUCGGCGAUUCAGUCGAUCGUGUUGUACCUGCAGAGCUUGAACAUCCCUGUGCUGAGGUUUCACAGUGACAGGGACGUCUACCAGUACCCCGAGUGCAGCUGCUUCAAUGCACAGGGCGAGGGUGUUGAAGCAAGUUUCACGGAUGAUGGCGAGUUUUGGGGCAAAGGUCUUGGUGAAGAAACGGAGGCAUCUACUUGGGACUUGGGUCUUUCUGAUCAAGUGGCGAAUGGACAUCUUGUCGACGUGGACGGGAUCUUUGCUCACGCAAGGAGUGUGAGGGACAAGGCGAAGCUUGUGGACGCAGCGGAGGACUACGUGAAGGAUGAUGCAAGGCCACUUGAGUUUGAAGGGGAUGCAGAGCCUCCUUUGAGGAAAAGGAGAAUUCAUGGGAAGUCAUCGCCUCGGGUUGCUAUGUUGGACGGUGAGUUUGGUCCGGAGCUCUGUGAUGAUGAGAUUCCAAGCGACUAUGAGGAGGACUUUGAUGCGGCCAAGAUUCCCCGUGAACAGGAUCAAGAUGUACAACCUCGCGUGGCAGUCCUUAGUCAGCCGAUGAACUCAGGACCGUAUGAUGAUGAUGUACACAGCGAUCAGGAGGAUCUACAGAAUCCUGAGGACUACGCUAAGGAGAUCAUCUAUUCCGAAGAGGAUGUCACGGAGGAGGUGAUUGAGAAGUUGUUCGAGUUGCUUCCAAAUCAAAGGUUGGUGAAUCAGUUCAUUCGUACAGUGCUUGGGGCGUCGGCUACAUGGUCUACUUUUUCCCUUCAUCGGAACCUCAGUGUGAAGAGACAUCGAGACUCCCACAAUGCCCGCGACGAGUUGUCCUACUUGAUCCCUAUCAGUGAUUUCAGACAAGGUGGUCUUUGGACACAAGCAGAUAUUGGUGAAGUCAUUGGCGAUGAUGAAGUGGUCAUUGUGGAUGGGAAGCGUGGACGUGUGAAGCCUUUGCAGUCCGAGGAGGGGACUAAGGAGGUGGUGUCAUUCAACCCAAGGCGGUGGCAUGCUACGAUGCCAUGGACUGGCGAUAGACUGGUGUUGGCGGUAUACAAGGUUCGUGGGCUGAACAAGAUCAAGGCCGCUGAUGAGGACGUUGCGUUGGACUUGGGGUUUCCUUUGCCGACAAAUGACGCGGAGAGUCCAAGAAUGUGCAAACUCCUUGGUCAAGAAGGUGAACAGCCUGGUCCGGAACCACAGGAGGAAGUCGAGGUUGAGCUGGAGCCAGUUGAGGAUUUUAUGUACAUCCGCAUGUCUGAGGAGGAAUGGAGGACCACGAUUGAGCGGUACGGCGCGGAUCACUAUGUUGCAGAGAUGGCUACGAGAUGGCGUCGUAUUGAGCCGGAGGAGGGCAACUUGAACUCAGUGAUUCCAGCCGCCAUUGCAGCGGACAUCGACAGGGAUUGGGUCAAUGCUCCAAGUGGGACGUAUGCUGGGGACAAGGGACAAGGACUACGCGGAUCCCGGACUAUGACCCAGAAAGGCUAA